UUUGUUAAACUGGGCCCGCAUAAAGUUUUUCGCCGACUACACAACUGGUGAGAGUGUUUAGAGAUUACAGCGUUGAUCUAUAAUGCAGUGUUGAUCCAUAAUGGAAGUGUUUCCUAAAUUAUCCUUGAUUUUACAAACAAUUCUACCGAUAUUAGGAAUUUUUAUUUUCUACCAUGUUGUUUCGUUCAUUAUCCGUUUACGGCACCUUAAACAGCGUUUCAAGGGGGCAAAAGGACCGGAAAAAAGUCAUUGGUUGUUUGGCAGCUUCGUUCAUUUCCCAACUGACCCUCAUGAAUUAGCGAUGUUUCUUCUCGACAUGGCUAACAACUAUGGGAGUGAACAGGGAUAUGUUUUCCUCUGGGGCAUGUUGAAGAAACCAAUCGUAGUAGCAUGUAGUCCGAAAGUGAUGGGGAAUAUAUGUAAAAGCAAUGAACCAAAAGCAAAAGGAUUUGGGGGUGCUUAUCAGCUUUUACAACCGUGGCUCGGAGAAGGUUUGCUUACGGCCAAUGGCGAAAAAUGGGCGCGAAACAGACGUCUGCUUACUCCCGCUUUCCACUUCGAGAUACUAAAGCCUUACACCAAAGUGUUUAACCAGUCUGCUGAUAUAUUUGUGAAAAAGAUAUCGGCAAAAGCAGAAGCUGGUGAAAGAUUCGACGUGUUCCAGAACGUGUGUUUGUGUACGUUAGAGAUAAUACUAAAGUGUGCAUUUUCAUACAAUGAAGAUGUGCAGAAUGCUGGCGAUUCUAAUCCAUAUGUGAAAACAGUUAAUAAAAUCACAGAUGCUGUCACAUACAGAGUUCUAAAUCCGAUUCUGUAUUACGACAUCAUCUGGAAUAUGAGUUCAGUUGGACGGCAGUUCAAGAAAGAUUGUGAAUAUGUACACUCAGUUGCAGAGGAAAUCAUAGACAAGCGGAGAGAUGCACUGGAAGAGACAGGAGGAAGUUCCAAGAGCAGUCGGUAUGUUGACUUUCUGGAUAUCCUUCUAACAGCGUGUGACGAGGAAGGUCGGGGUCUUACAAGAAUGGAAAUCCGGAAUGAGGUUGACACGUUCUUGUUUGAAGGUCAUGACACAACAGCCAGUGCCAUAUCAUGGAUCAUGUUUUCUCUGGCGGAAAAUCCCGAAUGCCAACGGAAAUGUCAGACGGAGAUUGACGAGAUACUUGGCGACAGGGAGACCGAUGAUCUGGAAUGGUCUGACUUGAAUCAGUUAGAAUACCUAACAAUGUGCAUCAAAGAAGGACUGCGCUUACAUUCUCCAGUGGCUGCUAUUAGCCGUGAAACAACACAAGAUUUUGAUCUUGGCGAUAGAAUUGCCCCAGAAGGAACCAUGGUCAUUAUGAAUAUAUGGAUGUAUCAUCAUAUGGAGAAAAUAUGGGGACCAGACCACAUGGAGUUUAAACCAGAACGAUUUUCUAAAGAAAAUAUCGAUAAGAUGGACCAUUUCCAGUAUGUGCCGUUUUCAGCAGGACCUAGGAACUGUAUCGGACAGAAUUUUGCAACGAACGAAGAAAAGAUUGUACUGUCAAAGUUGCUGAGAAAUUUUACAUUUAGACUGGAUCCUGACCAUAAAGUUAAGAGGAACAUUUCAGCCGUUAUGAGAACGAAAGAUGGAAUGUACAUGUUCGCUGAGAAACGGAAACACUGAAGAAGACGGUGUUUACGUGUGAAUGACACAUAAAAAAAAGAAAAAUAUAUGUUCAAUCUUUUAGUUAACUGGAUAAAUAAAAAUAAAAAUAUCAGCACUCUUCUGGUUUGCUCCCCGUCUGUUUGUCCGUCCGUCCAUCAGACAGUCACACAAAAUGGAAUCUUGUGAUAAUUUAAAAAGUUAAAAAGUGCAAGAUGGUAUCUCAGGAAACUUGGUGUAAGGAUGGCAGUUCGGAAAAUCUGCACAUAUUUCUGUGGUAACGACAAAUACCCCAACAUGUGACAAAUAAAUUGAUCCUGUUAUAACUUAAAAGUACAAGAUUUUUUUUUUUUUCUGACAGAAUACAGAUAGAAAACUUAUCAUUAUUUCAUUAUCACCAUUUUUCCACCUAUUCGUUCAGCUGACUGUUUGUCCAUUAGUCACAAAUGAUGAAUUUUGCCAUAACUUUCCAUGUACUUGAUAGUUUUUUCUUGAAUCUUGUCACAUGGAUAGAAAGCAGUUAGGACAAUAAUUAUGUACAACCGUUCAUUUUGUCAUUUUGUUUUUCCGUUCGUUCGUCUGUCUGUCUGGCCACCCUUCUGUCACGAAAGAUAGAUCCUACAAUAACUUACCACUACAAGAGAUUUUUUCAUGAAAUCUGGUUUUUAGAUGGUUGGCUAUUUUGAAAAUAUGCAAGUCUUUCAAUUGAGUUUCAAUAUUAUAAACCACGUGGUUUGUACGACACUUAAUAUUACAAAUGCACGUUCCUAUGAGACUUUUAAAAAAUGUAUACAUACUAUGCAUUCGCACUUUUAGAGUCUGAAGUAAAGGAUAAAGUUUUGAA